AGUGAGACAGAGCCACAAUGCAGAUCUUUGUGAAGACGUUGACGGGUAAAACCAUCACCCUCGAGGUGGAAGCCUCCGACACCAUUGAGAAUGUCAAGGCUAAGAUCCAGGAUAAGGAGGGUAUUCCCCCAGAUCAGCAGAGGUUGAUCUUUGCAGGCAAGCAGCUGGAGGAUGGCAGAACACUGUCAGACUACAACAUUCAGAAAGAGUCUACCCUUCACCUGGUGUUGCGUCUGCGUGGGGGAAUUAUUGAACCCAGUUUAAGAAUGUUGGCCCAGAAGUACAACUGUGAGAAGAUGAUCUGCAGAAAAUGCUACGCUAGGCUGCAUCCACGUGCCACAAACUGCCGUAAGAGGAAGUGUGGCCACACGAACAAUCUCCGCCCCAAGAAGAAGCUGAAGUAGACGCUGAGGAUAUCCCAUAUCCUUAUUUGUGUGGCAGUGCAAAUAAAGGGACAUGCUGAAUUGUA